GCUGACGUUUCCAAACAUCAGCCCUCAUGAUCAACAGACGUAAAAGGGGAGAUGGUUGUCACGUGCUCACGUCGUCUUCCUGUUUACCGCCUGAGUCUUCACACUGUUUUAUACAGAUUGCAACACCAGAUUUCUCUGCUGUCUUCUCCGUUGAUUUCCUGUUGCUACGAAGAUUACGUCUGACCUACUUUGAUCAGUUUGCCUGACGGACCUUUUUACCGAGGAAACAUGAAGACGUGACAUCGAGAAACGUGAGCAGGCCGGGGAUAAUCCUGGACAUUUCCUGAUUCCAGGUUGCCGGAGAUCAGCUGGUGAGAGCGUGGAGACGGGCUGAAGUCGCGAGGUGUUGUGGAGGACAACACUUUGUUAACAACGACCCUGAGAAGCUGAGCUAGCCUAAAACUGGUCGCGAUAAGUCUGGCAGCUGGAAGAACCGGUGUGGCUGGCUGGCUGUGCGAGGGCGCCGGCUACAGGCUCGUGUUUGCGUAGUGGAACAGUUGGCCGGUGCCCUGAAUUCAGGAAGACUCCCCGGCGCUGGCCCCCUCAAGCGGGCAGUCAGGAAAAAGCUGGCCGGGAAGGGAUGGCCUGGUCGGCCUUCCCGUUCCAAAGGAAAAGGCUCUGCGGUGUUUGAAGGGGGUCGAGUCCGGCUAGACGCCACCGCCGCGGGUCGAGGCGCGAUGAUGGCCGCAUCUCCCUCCGUGGUCGACGGCUUCGCGGCCUGUGGGCUGUCGCUGAGAAAGGGCGAGGAAAUAGCGGAGUUGAUAGAUUUGUUCUCCAAGACUCAGUACAGAGCAAAGGAAGUCAGUCCUCGGGUGGAGGCCAUAGAGAAACGCUGUCUGGAGCUGUUUGCCAGAGAUUACAAGUACAGCGUCAUCCAUAACUCCAACGGAGAAGUGUGUGGCCACUAUCCCCGCCAGAUAGUUUUCCUGGAGUAUGAAUGCACAGAUGUUGACAGAGACAGGUUUGAGAGCACGGUGCAGAUCAGUAAGCUGCAGGACCUCGUGAACCGGAGUAAGUUGGCUCGCUGCAGAGGGAGAUUUGUCUGCCCGGUCAUCCUCUACAACGGCAAGCAUAUCUGCCGUUCCUCCACUCUGGCUGGCUGGGGCGAGUUGUACGGACGAACCGGCUACAACUACAUCUUCUCAGGGGGCAGUGAUGACACGUGGACGGAGUCAGAGGAGGUUCCAGAGGAUGACAGCGCAGUCAGGAACGGGGACUCGCAGCUCUUUGACAAGGUUCGAGGACACGACAUCAAGCUGCUGCGCUACCUGUCGGUUCGCUACAUCUGCGACCUGAUGGUGGAGAACAAGAAGGUUAAGUUUGGCCUAAAUGUGACGUCCUCUGAGAAGGUGGACAAGGCCCAACGCUAUGCAGACUUCACCUUGCUCUCUGUGCCUUACCCAGGGUGUGAGUUUUUUAAGGACUACAAAGACAGAGACUACACAGCUGAAGGUCUGGUGUUCAACUGGAAUCAGGACUACGUGGACGCUCCUUUGACAAUCCCGGUGUGCUUUACUCAGAACUUGAACAUUGACUGGACUCAGUAUCAGUCCUGGGACCUGGUGGAGCAGACCCAGAACUACCUGAAGCUGCUUCUUCACACCAUCAAUAGUGAUGAUGACAGCGGUCUCCUGGUGCACUGCAUAUCAGGGUGGGACCGAACGCCUCUCUUUGUAUCCCUCCUCCGGCUCUCCCUGUGGGCAGAUGGUGCGGUGCACGCCACCCUGGAACCUGCUGAGAUCCUGUAUCUGACCAUUGCUUAUGACUGGUUUCUGUUCGGUCACAUGCUGCCAGAUCGACUCUCCAAAGGGGAAGAGAUUUUCUUUUUUUGCUUCAAUUUUUUGAAGCACAUCGUCUCAGAGAAGUUCUCUGCUGUUAGGAAACAGAGGAGGAAAAACUCCCACUUCAAAGACGGAGAUUUCACUGUUGAAGACCUCUGCCAGCUGAAAACCAGGGAUCGGGGCAGCGUGACCAGUCUGAGCAGUGAGUUUUCCCUCAUCACCGAAGAGGUGGGAGGAACCUCCUGCCCCAUCACUGACUCUGUGGACCCGUUCUCCAGCCAACCCCAGACCUCCAGCUGGAAAAAAGUGGCCACCUCCUCCCCUCAGAUGGUGGUUUGGUGUAAGCAGAACCCCCUGGAUGAGCAACUGCCCCAUCCCUUUAAUGAGGCCAGGUCUUCCAGCUCCUCUUCCUCCAACCAGUCAGAGCACGGAGUACAGUGGACUGGGAGCAGCCCGUUGGCUGUACCGAGCAGGAGGUUAGCGGCAGACUACGCUCGGUCGGGCUCCUCCCUGUCCACAGAGUACGGGAGCUGGCAGAUAGUUUCCGGUUGUGGCAGCAUCCAUGACCACAGCCACUUCCCUCAACCUCUGGCAUCGGUUUCCUCAAACUCGUCCGCCGUUGCUGCCGCCGCCUAUGCCUACGACUCGCCCCUGCCCUUCAGUUUUCAGGAUGAAGGGCCCAGCGGACGAAUGUGUCCCUUCCUGUCUGAGCGUCAGGCCCGUCUGGAGGCGGUGCGGGAGCUCUUCCUGGCAGCCUACAGCUCCACCGUGGGACUCAAGUCCUCCACGCCCAGCCCCUCCGGCGCCAUCACCGGUCUGCUGGAGCAGUUCGCCCGUGGGGUCGGCCUCCGUGGCACCAACGCCAUCGUCUGAGCUCUUCCCGCUUCCUUCCAUCCACAGUCUGUUCAGGACGUUUUGGGCCAGAUGCAUAAAACUCAAACUGUGCGAAUGCACAGCAGAAAAGUACAGAAGCUUGAUUUCUACUUUCAUUUUUAAUCAUGAAUGGGUGCAAAUCCUCAUCAACCUGAUGAAAGUAAAAGCAAAAAAUAAAGUAAUUACUGAAGGGAAAUCGUAAAAAAAAUAAUAAAGUAGAUCAUUACUGGUCUGAUUAGAAAGACAUUCAUGGAGAAAACUGGUUUUUAUGCAUCUGGCUCCAUGAUUCUGCACAACAAAGUGCCAAAUAUCUGUUCAGUUCAGGGAUGAAGCAUUUAUUUUCAUUCUCUUAAAUCUAUUUUGGCUUUCCAUGACCUUUAUUUUUUAUUUUUUUUUAUUCAGGGAGGGAAAACGUCUCAGCCAUAAGCAACAAAAAGGGAAGGUGAGAAAUGGAAAAGGCUAAAACGGGCAGGAAGCAGGCAGAACAUCAAGAAUUCUUCCUUCUGCUCUUCAUUUUUAUUUUUCUUAAAUUCUGUAAGAGCUCUUGCAGUGUCCGUCCCGCAGCAGUUGAGCAAAAAGCUUUUAGUUCCCUUGUUUUUUUGCUGCUACCCUUCACUGAGCCAGUGCCGAGGAAAGUUCUAGCUCAGGUCGCCACGUGGUAGAAAGUGUUGUUAUGGAAAACGGCUCCAAGCCUUUUUUUCGUGUCUUUCCUCAGCAGGUGGAAAGAAACAAUUUUUACUUCAGCUUGAGGUGUUUGGGGUCUGUACUUUACUGGUUGAAUGUUUUGGAUCUUCAAUCAGAUGUGAGAUUGUUCCUUCUGUCCACACUGACCAGGAAGUCAUCAGUUCAAACAGCCUCCGUCAGGCUGAAGCGCUUCAUUGGUUGUUUCUCUUUCUCUUCUGCUGCAGUAAUUUAAUUAAAAUAAACCGUUUGACAUGCUGAGCUGGUUCUGAGACGACCCGGGUUUGAGUCAGUCACCAAUCCAAUCAUUGUAGUCCAAUUAUAAUCUAAUUAAAACAAAUCCACCAUAUUGAUCCACAUUAGUCCAGUUUAUAAUAACUGUGUUCAUAUAAACUAAUUCAUAAAUAAACAACCUUGCUACAGAACCAACAGUUUGGAUCAAAUCUUCUAUUCGAUUCAAUCCUCCUUCCCAAGCUGCAGGAGGAGACGGUGGAGAAGAAAACCUCCAUCAGAACCAGGAAGGACGGCCAUCUGUCUGGACCGGUUGGGGGUGGAGAGGUCAGGACAGGGAGAUCAAUAAGUAGCAUGAGUCUAAUCCAGGGACACCUGCUGAAAAAGAAACACAAAUUACAACAACAAACACGUCAGAGAGAGCAGAGAGGAGCCCAGUGCAUCAUGGGACAUCCCCCCACAGCCUUAGACUAUAGCAGUGGGACUAAAGGGAUGGAUGAGGGUCGCCAAGCCAGACCUGCUAUGAGAUUUAUCAGAAAGGAAAGUUUGAAGCCUGAUUUUACCCAGUAAGGCCCGACCCAUGAAAAAUAUUAAGAAAAGUCAAAUAUGAAUAUGAGGUUCUUAUUAGGCCCUUUAGCAAAAUGUAACAAAAAAUGAACAGAUCUUCACCAUGUGAUAUGCCAGAAUUAUUUUAAACUGUGUCCCAAUUCAGGAUCUACACACUUUGGAGUGCACAGACUGCAAAGCCCAAGGAGUGUCCGAAGUAAUUCAUGCACGCUGCCUAGCCGACGAGAAUUUUCCCAUAGCAGCAACGUGGGACGUUGAAUCACCUAAACCUCUGAAAUUCCUAAGUUUUGCAUAUCAUAGGAGACUACAGUGUACGUUAAUACUGACCGACUUGGUUCUAUCUUACCUUUCUAACUAAAUAAUGUAAAAAAACAAAAAAAGGCCAUCUGAUCUGUUGUUUUCAAGCCGGUACACACACUUCAUUAACCCCUUAAAAGUCCAUGAAAGUCAAAUCUUACAUGAUUUUAAUGCCACCGUUUAACACCAUUUUUAAAAAAAUAAUUCAUUUGGUUUUCUCACGUUUCUAUUUAAGUGAGGUAAAUGAAAAAUGUGCUCUUUAGAGCGAUUUUGCUUAUUCGCUGUCAUCUUGUGUGAAAGGAAUUCUGGGAGAAGAAGGAUCCACCACCGGCAGGCUUCACUACAGGCCAAACGAUGUGCAGGUUUGUAGGGUUGAUUCAGAGGCACCUUCCACACGGGACGGUGCUUGGCACGAAACCGUGACAUAUGUAGCCACGAACCUGUACUUCGAACUGCAUAGACCCUGAAUUGGGACACCGUUACAGUCUAGUUUUCUGCUGGUGGUUUUUCCUGGUAUCUAUUAUGGGGCAGUGUCUGAUUAUGUUCAACAGGAUUUUGAGCAAUGUUUUUACCAUAAAGUGAUGCAAAAUAUCUCAGAAACUAUCAAAUUUGUCACGUUGGGCUCUAUAGGGUGAAAGAUAGAGAGGGUGUCUGCUUCCUGAAGCUAAACUGGGAGCUGGUUCUAAAUGUUUCAGUCACUGAAAUCAAACUUGUUCUUUAGUUAAUCCAUCUCAUCAUGGAAAACGUGUUACUGCAGGUUUAACGGCUCCAUCAGUGACGUCUGUCUCUGGAAACUGUAAAGCGGUCUCAGCCUGUCAUCAGAUCAUAAUAAAUUGUUUUCAGUGUAAAAUUGUGGACAAUCUGUUGGCAGAAGUGAAAACAAGGUCAUAAAAUUCCUGUUUUUGUUCGUGUAAAAUCAAAUGAAACUGGUUCUGUUGGGGGUAAAAAGGAUGCUGCAGGUCCUCCAGUGUGUUCUCCAGCAGACUUUCCACAUCCUCCAGGCUCAGACGAGCCAGGUGAAGAUCUUCAUCUGCCUUUAUUAUUUAAUGAGGAGAGGAUGUACAGAAAAGUAUAACUUUGUCUGGAUGUAGAAUUGAAUGGAAGAACAGAUAGGCGUACAGCGGUGAUAAACUACUCCUCAGGUUAGAUGGACAGCGAUGGUCCCUGACAGUCAGUAUGGACAGAAGGGACACUUUGAUCUUCCAAUUCGUCCCUUAAAUAAACGUCUAUAAAGUUUCUUUGUAAAAUAAGUGGAUCAUGAAUCAUCACAUCACAGCUUUCCAGAAUCCUUCCCAACAAGAUAUAACCAGUCUAACCAGUUACAGCACGUCCACUUCAGUCUAGAUCCUGUUAUUGUCGAAUGACUGAUGAUGAUGAAGAUGAAGAUGCACUGUGCAUGAUGGUAGCUGAUCCAAAGGGCUUUUCAGUGGCGUUGAAACGAGGUCCAGUUGAUUCCUGCUGGUGCUGAGGUUUCCUCCCACAUCCAGAAACGGUGUUCUCUCUGCAGACGUCGGUUGUCUGAGCCAACGGGCUCGUCGAUGGCUGAUUUACCUCAGGACCUCUCCUUGUGCCUUUUUCUUUCUUCUCAUCAUGUCUUCAGUUCAGCUUCACGCAUAUUUUCUCUUUCUGAGAUGGGUUCAAUAAAGAUUUAGCUGAACAGCAACAUUCUGCCCCUGAAUGCAUCGUUAGCUGAGAAAGAUUUGAGGCAUAAAUCCUGCAGGAUGCUGAGGGGAAAUGAAUUUACACAAAGCGAAAUGAGAAGGUUGGAGGAAGAGCUUCUAGUAACCAUACACACAUUCAGACUAAAUUCAGAUUUAAAGAAGAAUAAAUCACAUUUAUCCCAAAAUUUAUCGCAUUUAUCAGAGCGGUCCAUGACUAGAUUCAUACCUGGAGGGAAACUGAGAAAAAUCAGCAUCCAGGCCGACUGUCGAGUCAUUUCAGGCUCUCCCUCCUCUCCUCCGGCCAGUUUUAGACGCAUCUUUUCUGAAUUAAUCGCAGUUGUAAGGCCUGCCUGUAGGUUAGACGCUUUCCACUGGAUACCCCCCAAAAAACCAACAUAUAGUCUUAGUUUAGCUCAAAUUCUCUCAUCUUUUUGCUCGUUUCACUCAGUUUAUUUCAGAAGUGGCAGAUAAUUGUUUUCUAAAGGAUUUUUUAACAUUUAUUGAAAUGCUGCAUUGCACUUGUCCCACAGUCUUUUUUUUCUUUGUACAGCUGAUAUGUUUUAAAAUGAAUCUGUUGUUUUUCUCUUUUAGUUGUAAAUUGCAUUUAAUUGUUUGCAGGCGACGAGCUGCAGUCAGACAUGAACCAAGCUGCAACUGUCAAUUAAAAAUAAGAUGAAGAUGA